UGUGUCGACCGAGCCGCAUUUUGCAGGAUAAAAGAAAGUGAAGUUGCUGAAAAGAGUCGUGCAAGGAUUUUUCGGAAGACUGAUUCAACUGAUCCAAUGUCCCUUGAGAACUUGUUGGAAAUAUGAUCAACAUGCAGAAGACGCUGACCUCUGAUAAGGAGACUUAAAGAGACUUUAUUUUUAAAUUCUUUUUGAAGAAUUAUUGCUAUAUUUGUGUCUUAUUUGUCAUAGUAAUUCCAGAAGAAUUUCCCCAUCUCUCACUAAACAUUUCGAGGCUCUUUUUUCCACUUUUCUUUACUCCUGAAACUCUUCAAGGCGGCAUAAUCCCGAGAUAAGUCUUAACAUUUUUGACUUGACGUACUUGGCUGUGAAUGGGACACAGACUUUGACUACUGAGCCAGCAGAUUUUUAUUUUAUUUCAUUCAUUUUUUUCAGCCUCCUGUCACGUCUUAUUCCAGAUUAGUUCUGCUGCUUCUAAGUAGUUAUUACUAUUUUUAAAACACAGGAGACAGCGAGAGGGGGAGCAAAGACGGACAGAUGGCACAGAAAGACAGAGGGAUAGAGCAGCGGCGUGUUAAAACUGAGGACGGUUUCGGGGCCAAGGCCAUGGCUGGGUGUCCGACGGUCGCCGGUGGAGUGGUGGUGGAGGUCAGGGAGAAGAAGGGACCUCUUCGGGCUGCGAUACCCACAAUGCCUUUCCCUCUGGCUGUCAUCUGUCUUUUCCUGAACACCUUCAUACCUGGACUUGGUACUUUCAUCUCAGCGUUCACAGUGCUAUGUGGAGCUCACAGCGAGCUGAUCUCGGAGCGAGGGGUCUGCUGCGUGUUCUGGCUCAACGUGGCUGCAGCCUUCAUCCAGAUACUGACGGCUGUUGUCAUGGUGGGAUGGAUCAUGAGCAUCUUCUGGGGAAUGGACAUGGUCAUCCUGGCAAGCUACAGAGACCAGGGCGUUCCUCAAGAUGUCUGAAAGAAGUCUUUGCCGUGUUCGCUGAUGGGUCGCACGAACAGCCGAACAAACCAAACAGCAACUUUUACCUUCAUAAUGACCCGUGGCCGACAACAGAGCGAGGCACAAAUAAAUACAUAAAAGGACACCAAUCACAUCGUUGGCUGCUGAUCAGUCAUCAUCAGACCAUGACUGCAUGUAGAAAUAAAUGGAAAAAGAUGGCAAAAAAACACAAACAGUCAGAGAAAACAACGUGUUUUUGUUUAAUCAACUAUUAUGACUGCAUUUUAUUUUAAAUACUGUAUUGUUAUAUUUUAUUUGCUACCAUAAAUAUGUAAAACCUUGUAACUUGUUUCCAGUGUGAGAGGAUGCAAUCUUUACAUUAGCUUGUGGUUAAAUUUAGAUUUUCAUUUGCACAUGCCAGACGUCGGUAUUUUAGGCUUGUGAGAAUCCAGUUGGAAUUCCAAUAUACAUGUAUUUAUUUAAAAAAAGAAGAAGACUGCUUUGGCUGUUUACAAACCGUUGCUACAAUGUGGGUUUCCAGUUCAGUGAUGCAUUCAGAGCUGUAUUUACCAUACUGGGGUCAAAGUUCUACUGCUGUUGAACUGAGGCCGUUUCAUGUUUAGAUGGAGAGGUUUGCUGUCAUCUGGUCUGUCUGUUGUUUAAUAUUACUGAAGUAUUAUCCUCUUGUGUGCUGUAGUUGCCUUUCCAUUGCUGUCUGUAACACUGACCAGGAAAAAGUGCAGUAUUUUCUUUCUUUCAGAGCUCCGUCUGCAGAAGCACACCAUGAACAGUAUUAUUUUAUUAUACACUGACCUCAAACCCAUCAUAUCAAGUUUUGCAUGAACUCAUAGUUAUCAUUUUGAAUUCUGACAAUUAGUCUGAAUUUAAGUCAUUAUUCGAGAACUGGCUUUAGAACAACCUUUUUUGCAGUUUGAAUAAAAACUUGAUAAUGAUGAAGUAAUCAGCUGCAAACAGCUGACUAUCCUGCUGUAGCUACGGUACAGAGGCUUUUUUCUUUGUUCACACCACUCGUCACGCCAUGCUUAUUAUUCUGAGAUUAUGAGAAGCUGAUCGAAAUGACUCAUUCUUCCUGACAGUUAUUUAACGUGAAUCUUCAUACCUUUUUAAAUGUGUAAAUCAGGGCCAAAGGGAUUUUACGCACAUUUUCAAGCUUCGAAUCUAAUUAACAGGUCCCAAAAUACCAGCUCGUCUCUGCUUGACAGGCUGGUCACGACCCCACCUGGCACCUGAAGGCAAAGAUGGAGUUACCGUCGAGCUGUUCAGGUUUGUGACUGAUGUUUAGCACUCUGAUAAGCAGGAUUUUUUCCAUAGGAUUAAAUUGGAACUAAAUCUGAAAAAAAAACAUGAUCAAUUCAGUGUUUUAUGUCGUGUAGAAAAGGCAACUGUGAUUGUUCACAUUUUGUAUAUAGUCAACUGAAUGUGUUUGCAUGUGAAAAUGUGAUGGAUAGUGCGGAGCGUUUGAGAUGGGGACUGGGUAGUUGCUGGUAUGGCCCCAUCUAAAGUAUGUACGGCUAUUUGGACAAAAUGGGCAGGAAUGCAUAGACUGUUCCCAAUCAUCUACACAACAACCGCCUUGGAAUCGUUAAUCCAAACAAGGGCUUUCCCAUGAUACCCAAUCAGUUUUCUCAUGCGCUGCAGCAUUUCCAUGAAAAAUGUCUGCAAAUGUCAGAGGUCAAACAGCCAAGACCAGUCUGAGACUGCAUAAUAAGACCAGCAUCUGAAGUUAAUCCCUUAUGAGUUGGGUCACUUCCAACCACAGAAAUGUUUUGGUCUCCAUGGCUAGAUUUGAAAUCCAUGACAACUGUUAUAUAAAAGUUUAUGCAUCAUAAAUUAAGAUGUUUUCACAUUAGCUGUUCAGCAGCAGCACUGUCUUGACUUCUGGGCUGUGAAUAAAGAUGUAACAGAG